CGCAUUGCAACAUUGAUAGUUGGCCAAGACGGUGUACUAAUGAAUUCCUGUGCAAAAUGGAUAUGAAAUUGGAACGCAAGUUAUGAAAAACAAAAUAAAUAAAAAAAAUAAAGUGUUAAUAAGACGAAAAAAAAAAAUCGUGUAAUUGGCCUGAGAAAGAAGUGAAGAAAGAAAAAGAGAAAUAAAAACAGACGUAGUUUUUUUUUCGUAUUGUAACUGCCUCUGCUUCAAAGGCAGCAGUUUGGAGUAUACGUGAGUGUGUGCGUGCGGGUUCUAUGAGUUUUUGUUAUUGUUAUUUCGUUUGUCUUCUUUUAUGAACGACAAAAACAACGACGAAGAACGCAGAGAAUAUAGCGAGCGAAGCCAGCGUUUUUUGUAAGGUGUCGUCUCUCCGGAAUUUGAAUUCCACUGAAGUUUGUUUUUUCUUUCUUUGGUUUGGCUAGCCAACCAACCAGCCAGGUGCAGUUAGCCAUCCGCACUUCCAUUUACAGAUAUUAACCACCACCCCACCCAUUUUGCAAAGACAGCAAAAUGGGUGCAAAGGAAUCAAAACAGACUUGCAUUAGUUAUGAGGAUGCAGUCAAAAGAGUCUCUGAAUCGGAGUUAAGGCGCCUGAAAGAAGCCUUCAAGAAAUCAGCUGGAGUUGGACGUUUUUAUCUUAGCCGCAAUGCCUUCCAACAGGAUGUCUUGUUCGAGGGUGUUCCGGCCAAUGUCACAGAUCUUUUGUACACAGCCUGUGGCGGUACGAAUAAGGGCAUAUCUUUCAAAGAUUUGUUAUGUGGUUUGGUUCUAAUAACAAAAGGUACCGAAGAUGAGAAAAUAAGAUUUCUGUGGAAUCUCUAUUGCAACGAUAGCGGUACCUAUAUCCUGAAAUCGGAUUUUACAAAAGCCCUCAACUUAUUGCCCUACGAGAAUGCAUCCUUGUUUGCCCAAACAGAUCGCAUUAAUUUUGAACAGUUUCAAGCGUGGUUACUGAAAAAUCGCACCUCAACGGUCCUAUCCAAAUGGCUGUUAUCCGAUAAUUGUAUUUCCCUAACAUCGGAACUGGAAACACCAACAUUCUAUCAAAGUUUAGCGGGUGUAACACAUUUGGAGGAGAAGGACAUUGUCGACUUGGAAAAGGAGUUUUGGCGUUUAAAAAACUCCUCACCAAAUGGCCAAUUAGAUCGGUUAUUUUUGGCACCUUUACUGAGUCCGCCAAUACCAAAACAUGCGCUACAAGGUCUCUUCAAUGCCUUCGAUGAGAAUCGUGAUGGUCACAUUGAUUUCAAGGAAUUAUGCUGUGGUGUCAGUGCAGCUUGUCGUGGACCAGGCGUGGAGAGAACUCGAUUUUGUUUCAAAAUAUUCGAUGUUGAUAGCGAUGGUGUGCUCAGUCAUUCCGAAACGCUGCAAAUGAUAAAUGUUCUGCUGUAUGUGGCCAAAGAGAAUCGUAAUGUUGAUAUGUACAAAGAUAUAACCAAACAAGAAGCUUUACGGGACAUUGUCAAUUUCACCAAUCAAAAGGGUGGCGGAACAGCUGGAGUCAAUGACAAUAAAAUGAUGGAUUCCAAACAGUUGGCCGAUAUGGCCAUAACCCUUACCGCUGAGGACUUUAUGAUGUGGAAUGUGGAAAGCAGUUUGAAAUUGUUACAACCCUUUUUGGACUUGAUAUUUGAGGUGUGUCACAUUGUGUUUGGCCUGUGGCCCCAAUGUCGCCAUAUGGAACAUGAUAUUGUUCGAGGUUGGCUGGAUCGUGAGGAGAAACGUAAAUACACAGUUGGACAAUUUUGGUAUUUAAUAUCACGGGACUGGUGGAUCCAAUGGCUGCAUUAUGUCAACAACACCACAGUGUCUUGUGAAUAUUGUAAAAACACCACGAACGGCACAUAUCAGAGGACAUCAUUUUCCGGCAUCGAUGAGGCGGUGGUAUGUGAUGAAACUUUUAAUACAAAUUCCCUGGAUUCGGUGGCAGUGUGUGGUGACUUGGGCGGCGCAGUUUCGGCAGAUAAUUGUAGUUUAGGCUCUUCCAGCAGUGGCAUCUCAUCAUUUCGUCAGAUGGGUGCCCGUCCCGGCCCCAUAGAUAAUACCAAUCUUGUUACCCCCAAUCCCUACAAGAAUGUUCGCACCCUUACCGGAGAAGGUGGCCAUUUGAAACGAGACACCCCCUUGGUACAAAAUCAUAAUUUCGAACUGGUUCCCAAAUCAUUGUGGAAGGCUUUGAAUCGAUGGUAUGGUGAUAAUUUACCACUGCCACGGCAGGUCAUACAGCCACCAAAUACGAAUCAAGUGGAGUUGGAGUUAUAUCCUUUAAAUUUAAGGAUAUUGUUACAUCAGAUUGUGCCACAACAACAGCAGCAACAAAUGGCCAACAAUUGGGGAGCCAUGACAAGUAGUUAUGGUGUCAUUGCUUCCGGUGGAGGAUUUGCGGCCAUUUCAUCGCCCAAUGUCCUGCAACAACCUAAACGUUAUUUGGCCUAUACAGCAGCUUUUAGUCGAUUGGCCACGGCAAAAGUGGCGGCCUUCCUCUGUGAACAGUUGCGUUUGCGUUCCGAUGAUAUACGCUUGUGGCACAUUCCCUCGGGUAAUGUGGACAACAGUGCCAUUUUAUUGGAAGAGGAUAGUAUGACGCUAAAAGAGCUAAUGAUAAAGGACAACGAUCAAAUUCUCUUGGAGAUACGCAACAAAGAUCAAACAUGGCCCGAGGAAUUGGGUUCACUGUGUCAGACACAAUCUGGAGGAUCUUCCAUAAAUGAUCGUCGUUUAACACGCACCUCCAUAAUGUCGCUGCAAUCCCCCGGUGCCACAGGUCUACACAAUUUGGGCAAUACCUGUUUUAUGAAUGCCUCACUACAGGUACUCUUCAAUACUCAACCCUUGGCUCAAUAUUUUCGUCAAAAUAUGCAUUUAUUUGAAUUGAAUACUACCAAUAAAUUGGGAACACGUGGAAAUUUGGCCACACGUUAUGGUGAAUUGUUAAAGGAGGUUUGGAGUGCCACAGCACGUUCGGUGGCACCACUAAAACUUAGAUUUGUUGUGACCAAGUACGCUCCUCGUUUUGCGGGUGGUGGUCAACAUGAUUCCCAAGAAUUGUUGGAAUGGCUGUUGGAUGCUUUGCAUGAAGAUUUAAAUCGGGUUAUGGAGAAACCAUAUAGCGAGCUGAAAGAUUCCAAUGGCAGGCCGGACAAAAUUGUUGCCGCCGAGGCAUGGUCUCAACAUCAUGCCCGCAAUCAAUCGAUAAUUAUUGAUCUAUUCUAUGGUCAGCUAAAAUCGAAAGUUAGCUGCAUGUGCUGUGGCCGGGAAUCGGUGCGUUUUGAUCCAUUCAGUUUGCUUAGUUUGCCGCUACCGGUGGAGAAUUAUAUUUACUUUGAGGUUUUGGUUAUACUCCUUGAUGGGUCCGUGCCCGUAAAAUACGGCCUGCGUCUCAACUCCGAAUGUAAAUAUUUCGAUUUGAAACGCAAACUGGCUUGUGUGUCAUAUUUAAAUCCCAAUUUCAUGUUAAUCUGUGAAAUAUGGAAUUCCCAAAUACGACACAUUUUUCCCGACGAGGAGAAAAUCAAACCGACAGCAGCCAAGGAGUUGUAUUGCUAUCAAUUGCCCGAAGAGUGUCAAGAUCGUUCCAGAUCCAGUUCAACUAUGGGUGUAAAUAUUGAAAAGGGCCUAAAGGAUAUACAAAGGAGUUCGGCAGCCAUGUUGACGGCAUAUGAUUCCUUUUCCUCACUAAAUGCAAUAAAUAAUUCCACCGGUAAUGGCGCGACCACCACCGCCACAAACACAAUUUCCAAUAACUCCAAUUUAAAUGGUGGUGAUAGAAUCCUAUAUGCCGAAACAUCAUUUGAGGAAAUGGUUGCUCCUCCUCAAUUGCCAACAUCACCGCCACCACCAACGGCCCAACCACAACCUAGUCAGUCGGCAGCAAUAAAUGUUAAGCCCACAACAAAAUCCUCGGCACUGCAACAACGCUAUCAGAACAAUAGUUUCGACAAUGUUCCCAUGACCGUUAUCGGUGGCGGCAGUUGUGGCCACGAUGACGGUGACGAAACCGAAGACGAUGACAUUCAUGUAUCAACGAAGCACACCUCCAAUGUAAGUCGUAGUCCCGAAAACACUUUCGUCAAUGGAGGCAGUUUGCAAAAAAAUAUUUCCACCUCCAAGCUGUUGCAUGGCACAACCACAGAACCAAACACUUGUUCCUCAUCCUCCAUUGCAACGGCUACACAUUCCGGUGAAAAUUCCAUGGAAAGUUCGACCUGUGAUCCGGCUGUUAUAAAUAAUUCCAAUAAUUCCGAAACACCCAGUUCGGCAGCGCCAGUGAUGUGUGAGGGUGGUUUGCGGCGUUUAAGUGAGUGCCCGUGUCGUUUGAAUAAUACCGCCGACGAGGCAAAUGCCCAACGUUUAAUGGAGUCGGAAAUAAAUCGUCAAAAUUUCCUGAAACAGGAGUUGAAUGAUUCCUUUGGUGGCGGCGGCAUGCCAUUGAAUGGCAUGGAUGGUGGUUUGUUUUCCCGAAUGCCAUCACAGCAUUAUAAAGUCGGCAAAUAUCUAAUGGCCUUGCAUCGUAAAAUCACACGACAGGAUAGCUAUUUUUUGUCACAUCAUAAAACGCGACCCAGUAUCUUUGGAGUGCCUUUGCUGAUACCCAAUCUGGAGGGUGGUACAAACAAGGAUUUGUACUGUGCCGUGUGGCUACAGGUUAGUCGACUGCUGACACCACUGCCCGCCUCGACGGAUCAAGCGAAUCAUGCAGCUGAUUGUGAUGACAGCUUGGGUUAUGAUUUCCCCUUUUCGCUGCGUGCCGUAAAAAGCGAUGGUCUAACAUGCGCCUUAUGUCCCUGGUCAAAUUUUUGCCGUGGCUGUGAAAUACCCUGCAACAAUGAAUAUGUAUUCCAAAGUUCAUUAUUUAAUAAUAGUUUUGAUACAAGUAACACUUCAACUCCAAAAAUGAUGCCAAAAUCUGCAAAUAAUUCCAUGGUUGUCGGUACUUUGGAUAAUCGCAAACCCUUAAAUUCCACAUCAUCAGAUCGUGAUUCAUUGCAAUCGCAGCAAUCGAUGAUUUUGAGUCGAAACUAUGAUAAUAAAUACAUAAUUGCCAUCGAUUGGGAUCCAACGGCCCUGCAUUUACGUUAUCAAUGUACACUGGAGAGGCUUUGGGUAGACCAUGAAUCUGUGGAGAUAUGUCGCAAAGAACAAAUCGAACCGGUCGAUCUGAAUCAUUGCCUGCGGGCCUUUACCUCGGAAGAAAAGCUCGAGGAAUGGUAUCACUGUAGCCAUUGCAAAGGCAAAAAACCAGCCACUAAAAAGUUACAAAUCUGGAAACUGCCACCAAUUUUGAUCAUCCACUUGAAGCGUUUCAACUGUGUCAACAACAAAUGGGUGAAAUCACAAAAGGUGGUUCAUUUUCCCUUGGAUGAUUUCGAUCCGACACCCUAUUUGGCGGCGGUGCCACAGGAGACAAUUCUAAGGCACAAGGAACUACUCGAAAUGAAUGAAAUUUCCAAAACCCUAAAUGGUAUUAAUGAAAACAAUGAAGCAAUAACAACAAGUGAUAUUACAAAACUACAACAACAACAAAAGGAAGUGAAUGAGGUGAAGGACGAAAAUAAUUUAAGUAAAGCAAAAAGCCAAAAUGAGACCACCACCAAGAGCCCUCCCACAGGUAUCCCAGCAAACAUUGCCGCGCUAAAUAAUGGCAACAAUGCUUCUGCUGCUGCAGCUGACACCAAUAACAAACCCCUUAAUGGUCUUACAAGAGAGGCUCAACUAGCGCUUAACGAAAAAGUCAAUAAUAUAUUAAAUCUACAACAACAGCAGCCAGCAGCAGCAGCUGUAGCUGUAGCUGCGACCCCAAAUAAAGAACAAAUUCUCGAUGCCUGUUGUAAUAUUAUCGAUAGCAAAUGUUGCCAGGUUAAUGGUGUGGCUGGUGUUGGUGCAACUAACGCAACGACGACUCUGGCUGAUGACUAUGACGAAGAGGAGGAGGAAUCUUCGGAUAAAAUGCUAGACAAUGCUGCCAUAUUGCGUAAGGCCGGCGAUGAUCGUACAAUGACGCGACGAAAACGUCUAAUUUCGACCAGCCUCACCAAAACGCCCAUUGUUGAUGGGGCCUUUGAAGAUUUCCACCAGCAUAAAUUGAAAAAAGGCGACGAUCCAUUCGAUCCGAAAUAUAAGCUGUAUGCGGUUGUGUCGCAUUCCGGCAUGCUGAACGGUGGCCAUUAUGUCUCCUAUGCCGCCAAUCCAAAUGGCUCCUGGUACUGCUACAAUGACAGUUCGUGCCGUGAAAUAUCCAAUCCACCCAAUAUUGAUCCUAGUUCAGCCUAUUUACUUUUCUACGAACGCAAAGGCCUAGACUAUGAACCGUAUUUGCCAAAUAUUGAGGGCAAGACACUGCCAAGUGGUGUCUUGGGCAACGAAGACAAUGACGAAACGGAAAAUGAUCUGAAGAAAAUGUGUACAAUAUCCUAAAGAAAACAACAGAGAAAGAAUGAGAAAAACAAAGAGAAUGAGAAAUAAUAUUGGGAACCACUAUACACACGCCGAGCGUUAAACAAUUAUUGUGAUUAUUAUAUAAUUUCUAGCUAUAUGUACUUUUAUUAUAAUAUUAUUAUUAUUAUUUUUUGUUUUCUAAAUAUAUAUGUGUAUAUUCUUAUAUUUCGUGAAUGAUGAAAUUGGAAAGGAAACACGAGGGCGUCUGUUUGCUGCUGUGUGUGCGUGCGUAGUGCGCGUGAUAUUUUUUUUAAAUAAUAAUUUAGACACAAUACAAUUCAUACAUAAUUUAUGUCUUAAAUUUAUAUUUUAAACUAAUGUUAUAAAAUAAAUUAUAAUAGUCGAAUUUUAGGUUCUUUAUUUUUUGUUUGUUUUCCCAAACACUUCUCUCCUCUCCUCUACCCCCAUUUGGCUUCUGUUCAUGUUUAUGUAUGUUUCCUUUUAAUAACUUUCCACAUGUAUUUUGAUGAUUAGGUGUUAUAUUUUUGUUUUUCUUUAUGUUAAAAAAAUUGUUUUUUUUUAUAUAUAUUCAAUAGUGCUACUGCAAUAUUAAAAAAAUAUAUAUUAUUGUUUUGUUAUUUUUCCCCCCCAUUUUGUUGUAAAUAUUUGUUUUAAGUCAAGUUCUGAUGAUAAGGAAGACGAAGAGUUGCAAUGCCUGAGAGAGAAAAUAAGAAAGAGAGAAAAAAUAAGAAAAAGCUUUGGAAAUUUAUUUUGCAAUAUAAAAUUAUACUAAUAUACUAAACAAAAUUAUUGAUAUUUAUUUGCAUAAAUGUUUCGUAAAACGGAAAACAAAUUCAACACCAUUUUUUUGAAUAGUAAUUAUAUAAAAUAUUAAAUAUAAAACAUAAUGCUUUAAUAUUAAAUAAAAAACAAAUGUCAAGCUUAUUUUGAAAAAAAGAAA